GAAGAGAUACUAAUGAACGGCACGAGUGCUUUUGGGACAACAACGGUUCAGAUCACAGUCCUUGACGUUAACGACAACCGGCCAACGUUUAACAGACAGUCCUACAGCGGCAGUAUCUCAGAGCACGCAGCCGCACACACUCCUGUUACAGGGCUGCAGAUGGCGGUUUCGGACGCAGAUCAGGGUACAAACAGUGAGUUCCGACUAAGAUUGUUGGGAGUUGAUGCAUCUGUAUUUGACUUGGAGCCAAAAUCAGUGUUAGGGGGAGCGGCCACAGUCAGCAUAUUUGUUGUGGAUCCCCCGGCCUUGGACUACGAAACUCUGGAGAAACCUGAAAAAAUCCUGCGAUUUCUGUUACAGGCGACUGAGUCAAGAACAGCCGAGGCAUACACGGCCGUCACUGAAAUAACCGUUCACGUACAAGGCGUACCCGAAGACGCCGUGUUUAUUUUCAAGGUCCUUGAAAAUGCUAGAUCGGCAGCUGUGGUGGGAACUGUAAGGCGCCCGGGAGACAACUAUAUCUUCUUUUAUAUCGUUGGAGGCGAUAAUGACAGUACAUUUCGCCUGGAUAAACGCACGGGUGAGAUUAGCCUCACCAGUUCACUGGACAGAGAACGAAGGUCAGCCUACACGCUUGUUGUAAAGAGAACUCGGGCUGCAGAUUACCUGGUUCCCAAUAUCGACGUGCCCUUCAGCGAAGACGAUGAAAGCCUGCUGAAGGUCAUUGUCGAGGUUGAAGAUGUCAACGACAAUCCACCUCAGUUCGCUGAAAUCGUCAAGUAUCUUGUCGUAGAGGAAGAUACUCCUUACCAGACAACAAUUACAAAAUUGAAGGCAACUGACGCGGAUGUUGAAGCGAGCGGAGCCGUCCGGUACAGUGUAGACAGCAUCUUGUUUCGUCGGAGAUCCGACAGCAGCCGACCAGUCGCCAACAUGUUCGUAGCAGGUGCAUUUCUCGUCGGGUCGGAAGAUGGCGCUGUAACCACGGCCACGCUCUUUGCAAGUUACCUGGAAGGCCAUUUUGAAGUUUUAGUGCGAGCUACGGAUAGCGGAGGACUGUUUGACACAAUUCAAAUCAAUAUUUACGUCGUCAAGAAAAAUCAGCUCAUAACUCUUACGACACUGUCUAGUCACCAGCCUUACGUGCCGUCCUGUGUAGGCAACGUUUUUAAUGCAUCAAAUGCAUUAAUAGAAGUUGUCAGUAUGAGACCGGACCCCCCUGACAAAGUGAGGAUGGAUGCAUAUGUGGUGAAAACGGACACAAACAUUAUCUGUGAUCCUCGUUGCACUUUCAGCAUUCUCAAUAGCAGUCACUUACAACAAGCGUGCAGCGAGUUAGCUGUUUUAGAGGCGUCUCCAGAACCCAGCUCGUGGACUGACCUCACCGUUGGAGUGCCCAUCUUGAUUAUAUCCCUUGUCGGUGCCGUGCUGUUCACCGCUACCUUCGCUACACUCGUCAUGGUGUGCUGCAGGUACAGGAAAAACCCACCCAAACGUUACCGCACGUCUUCUCUAGCCGCGCAGCCGAGAAACAUCCCCACCACCGAGCGGCUGAGGAGCGUCGAGAGACGGGGAUCAACUAUCAGACGGACAUGGGGGACCCGCAGUAGACAUGGCAAGACCAGACCCAGGAUCUUUCCACCUGACGUAGACAACGGGGUGACCGAUCUGCGACAGCACGGCGACAACUCUGAAGGACCGUUAGAGUUCAAAGUUCUGUCAAACGAAGACCACUACGAACAGCCGAUGUUUGCAGGAGUGGACGAAGACAUCGCCUGCUCCGUCAACGAUGUACUCAUAGAACGGAAAUGGCUGAAGCUGGGACCAGUCUUUGCAAAAGGAAAUUUUGGUCAGGUGCUGAAGGGAACAUUGAAAACACAAGUUGAGGUGGCUGUAAAGACAUUACAAGGUAACAGACAGAACCUGAACACGUUUUUGCGGGAAGGGAUCAUGAUGCGACAGUUUAACCACAGAAACGUGCUAGGGCUUGUCGGCAUCUGUCUACAUCACGGAGAACCGCCCAUGAUCAUCAUUCCUUACAUGAAAAACGGAGACCUCCUGAAUUUCAUAAAAGAUUCAGGCAAGGACAUUACAACAAGGGAUUUGAUCGAUUUUGGACAGCAGAUAGCCGAAGGUAUGUCGUACCUCGGCGGCAUGAAGUAUGUACAUCGGGAUCUUGCAGCCAGAAACUGCAUGAUUGAUGAGUACAGAAUUGUGAAGAUUGGUGACUUUGGCUUGUCCAGAGAUAUCUACGAACAUGACUACUACACCAGCCGGGAGGGAGGGCCCGCACUGCCUGUCAAGUGGAUGGCGAUAGAGAGUCUCACACACAAUGUCUUCAACACAAAAACUGACGUGUGGUCGUUCGGUGUGUUGCUAUGGGAACUGAUGACGCGCGGGAUCCCUCCGUACCCGGAUGUAGACAUAUACGACAUGGCGGACUAUCUCCUGAGCGAUCGGCGCCUGCGCAGACCAGAAGAGUGUCCAACUCGAGUGUACAAGACGAUGUUGGCCUGUUGGAGCAAGGAUCCCAACAAACGUCCUAGCUUUAAACAUCUCGCCAGGCUACUGGAACAAAUCAAAGUAUCCACAGCAGUGGACAAAUACGUGGACAUACUCAACAACAUGCCAGAGGCUAAAUGCUAGAAUCUGCAGAAAUACGAUUCUGAUGACUACGAAACGGAUAGGUCGAUGAUGAGCUAUUUUUAGAAUAGGCAUGAAUUCCAUGAGGAUUUUAGCCUUUAACAUUGGCAGUUUUCUUUGCUUUUAUUGCACUCUCGGUAGCACACCUGGUUUGUGCUGAAGAGUGCAAGCUGCUUAUCUGGACAGAUAUAAAUGAUAAACUCAUCCCGGCAUAGACCCUUAAUCUUUUCUGUAAGUAUGAUAGGUUCGAGGUGUCUAAAACGACGAUUUGAUACCCUAUCCGAGGAUAUCAAUCAAGGAUAGGUAGUUGUUUACAUCUGAUUUGAAAGGGAAAAUUUGUGUAAGUGCCUUUCACAAGAGCAUAGCAUCGGGGCCUGUCAGGAAUCCCAACUCAGUACCUCCAGGUUCCGAGUCGACAACUCUUACCACAAGGUCACCGUGCCACCAUAUUUGCAUUGUAGCAUAAAAAAAGAGUUCUAAAACGCUUUCAUCGAAUAGAAAAUGUUGCACAAAAAUGUAAAUACAAAAUGUAAAGUUUUUAUCAAUAACAUAAACCAAGCUAUAGAUGUA